GCACACAUAUAGUACAGUGGAGAGCUUAAAACAGGCCUGGAAUUUGCAGUGGGAUGAGAAAGCUUAUGAAUUUGCAAAAUAGGAACUCUCUCUAUAGGUCUGUUUAUCUAGAGUGUGUGAAGAAUGGAUUGUGCCGGUUAACAGAAUGAGGCCUCCCAACCGACCCGGAUACCAUACACAAAUGAAUGGAACAUCUUCAUUACUUUGCUAACGCUAUCGUGCUAUGGAAUUAACCGGCAUCUGUGGGUCAUUGGUAUGCCUAACAGUUCCGUUGCACGGGACCAAAAGGAGAGCUCGAGAAGAAAUUUGGACAGUGCAUUUCUAGGAUAGCCAGGCUCCACCACAAUGAUCUUGCCUGUGACUGGGACUCCUGAGGCUGAACUUGGAAACACUGAAAGUGUCAUCCUCUUCCUCUGCUUUCAAAGAAGAUAAUGCUAUUAUUGAAAGUUGAUGCAGAUUGAAGUUGUGCCAUUGAUUGGACUUUGGAGGCCAUCUGGAGUCCCCAGUUGACCCACAUGGAGGUUCUGCAGGGUCUAGCACUCUAUCAAAGAGCCAGCUGCCAAUGAGAACGGGCAUCUGGCACUCCUAUCUUCUCCACUGCAUCUUCCAGCUUCCCUGUCUUCCCACUUGUAUUUGCUUCCGGUAGCCUUGGGCCUAUUCUCAACUUCAGCCCUCAGACCCGGCACUCAAUGCUGUUCUUCUGCAGAGUGUAUCUUACUAGCCUUGACUACAUCUCACAUUUGCCUGGUGGAUUAUGUUCUGCUCUUCCUGCUCCAGGUAAACAUCAGCUUACCUGAACCGUAAGUGAAGCAAAUUGGAACAGGAGAGAAACAUGGAAGAAGACAUCUCACCUCUCAGGGGGGUUCUGACCACCCAGGCUAGUCAUAUAGACCCCGAUCCAGACGAAGCAGUCCCACAUGCAGAAGCACCAGCUCCAGUUCAGACUCCACUUGAAGAUGCUUCAUCCACAGCAAGUCAAGGGGUUGGUGUGGGGCAGAAAGGCAUUGGGCAAGAAGAGAAUGAUGAGAUGGGGAAAAUGUCUGGUUUUAGCUUGUGCACAAGUGUCCCAGAUGUGGCUCUGCUUCAUGACUCAUCUAAAAGGACAUCCUGUGCUGCUAAGAGGGGGGAGAAGAUAGGGAAGAAAAACAGCCGUAAAAGAAGGAAUAGAAAAGAAGGUAAGACGAUAUAUCUUCCUUGGCCUCUGAUGUUACAGACUCGGGCAUCUUCUGCUGCCCAAGUUCUAGGUCAGACUUGUACUCCACGGGCUUUGCCGUUUGCUGAGGUGGAGCUGCAAAGCGAGUAUGCUGAGAAAGAAAGAGCAUCAGUUCUUACUGAGCCUUGGAAGGCACUGGCUGACAGCCUGCUGCCAGCAGCAAGACCAGUGCAGCCCUUUCUUGACAAGGACUUUCUGGCACACAAUGAGGAGAUCAGAGUAGGGCAGAAAAGCUGCCUGAUAGAAAGAGAGGAACGGCGCAAGAAGGUUGGGGCUAGUCCUUGGCCUCUGACAGUACAGGCUUGGGCAUCUUUUACAGGCCCAGCUCCCAUACAGCCAAGGGCGUCACCAGUUGGUAAUGACAGAGUCAAUGUGGGGCAGAAAAGCAGAAGUCAAAGAGGUGAGCAGGAUAAAGCAUCCAUCCUGAGUCCAGGCUACAGCGCAGAGGCUGGUGCCACACACCCGCCUGUGCCUCUGGGCCAGACUUCAUGGGAGGAGCAGGCAUAUCGCACUGCUAACAGUGGGGAAGAUGUGAAGAAGCAUAUCAGACUGGAGAGGAGGAGCAGAAAGAGCAAAAGCACCCUCACGCGUCCCUGGCCUCUGACAGUGCAAGCUUGGGCUUCCUUUACAGUAGCAGAUCCAGUCCAGACUCUUCUUCAGGGCGAGUCUCCUGCUGCGAGUAGAGAAGUGAAUGCCGGCUGGGAAAGCCAGCCUCGUCUGGAUAGUGAGGAAGAGAGCAAGGCUGGUCUUCCUUGGUCUGGAGGAGCAGAGGCUGCUGGCUGCUUCUCUGCCACGGCUCCGUUGCAGACUUCACUUGGUGAGGCUCCUUUCCUGGAGGACAGCUAUUCCAAGUUGAACAAAGCCAGGAGGAUGCCUAAGAGGGGAGAUGAGGGGCAAUCCCAGAGCAGUGUAGAGCCAGUCCUGCAAUCCUGCCAGGGCUGGGGAAAUGAAGACAGGAACCUGGGGGUUCAGGACUUCUGGGAAUGUACUGCCGACAAUGUUCCUAAGCAAGUUGACUGUUAUCAUUAUGGGGGAGGGUUACUCACAAGAGAGGUCGCACGGUAUGACCUUGACCGAAACCUAUACGCAUAUUGGUACUUCGGGGAUGAGAAGGCAGAGAAGAGAGAGGGAAAGGACUGAAUCUUAGACAGCCUGGAUGGAGAAAUGAGGAGGCUGUCAAGAUACAGAAGAGAAAAGAGCGGAACCUAAGGGCACCCUGGGUCCUGGGAGUGCAGUGGUGUACAUUUGGUUGGGAGAGAGAAGUAUUUGAAGGGCUACUCUGAAAGGCUCACUACACAUAUGGUAAUUUCCUCUUAACAAAUGGUAAUAUCACAAUUACACUUUUGCUGGUUGAUUCCUUCUCUAAUUACGUUUUAAUUUUAUUGGCAGAUACAGAGAAGCAAAACUUCUUUAUCCUCUAUCUUCUUUCCCAUAAAUAAAUAAAUAAAUAAAUGUAGCGAAAGAUCUGUUGUUUAUGACUCAUAAAUGGUAUUAUGAGUCUAGAUUGUAAACCAAUGACGGAAUGCCUGUUGGUUAUUCAGAACUCUUCUCUUGACUGAAAAAAAGUACUGUACUUUGCAUUGCAAGCUGCCUUAGUGAUUGCAUUUAGCUCUGGCACUGGCCACUUUAUAGCUGUAUUGUUAAAUUUCAAAGCUAUGAAUAAUAA